UCUUUGAAACUGCCGUGCGUUGCACGAGCAAAUGUUACCUGACAGACACACCUUUCAUUCAAAGCCCAAACACACAUGCCUCCGUUACAUGCCGCAACCUUUACUUAUUAUUUAAUUUACUCCUCCAUUUUUAUUAUAUAAUAUUAAAUAAAGCAGAAUAGAAUAAACCCAGACCGACCCUUGAUUUUCAAUCUGUAUACGAAUGAAAUUAAUACCCAUUUGUUUGAAAAUAUAAUAUAUUUUCACAUCUGGCCCUACUCACCCCUCCAGGCCCUCCCCCUGCUUUUUACAUCAUCACAUUCAUAUAUACUUGAUAUUUUUUUCGAGUCUGGCUUGCUUGCUUGCUUCUUGUUUCUUGCAUCCAUGUCCUCAAUGAUAAGCCCACAAGGUGUGGUCCUGGCCACGGCCAUGGCUGUCUCCGGCACCGUAGUCCUCCUCGUGCUUCGUCUCCAAAAGUCUCUCCCAACAACCCAAUUCCCCGUCGAUCAAGUUCCCCAGUCCUCGCCGCCAAUUCUACGUCCUUGUAUCUUCAGUAGUACUGAGGGAAAGAAGAGAGAGAAGAAGAAGAAGAAGAAGAAGAGAGUGCAAUUUGCAGAAGAUGUGGUGGAUCCAAGUGGGGAUGGGAAGGAGUAUAGGAGGCAGCAUGAUGCAAUUAACAGUUGUUCUUCGUAUUCUUCUUCUUCGUCAGCAACACCAACAAAGUUAGGAAAGAGCAGCAGAGGUGAAACCAAAGGAAUGCAAGCCAAUAGGCUGGCUCUCUACAAUGGAAUUCUCAGGGAUCGUGGGGUUCAGCGAUUGGCCUACUCUUAUUGAUUGACCUUCUAUAUCAAACUUCUGUUUUUUGUCUGUAAAUGUAGUCUCCCUCUCUCUCUCUCAGAGGAUAUGUCAUAAAUAUUAGGAAGGGAGCCUGCGGUGCCCGUUCUCAUAAACUGAUCGGGUACAGAGGUUGGAUCCUCUUGGAACCUGGAAGUGGAUUUUGUUAAUAAUCCAAAGAGUAAUUUCUUGGGUUUUGUUCA